AUGGCGGUAUGCAUUGAGUGUCAAAACCCUCUCGUUGUUGAAGUGGAGAGGGAUGAGGAUGACGAGUUAAUGGUUGGCUCAAGCAGUUCAGCCGCCGCAACUACGACAGUCCCGGAUGAUGUCGAGUUGGGUUGCGGCUGCCAUUUCCACUGGCAAUGCUUACUAGACAUUUAUUCGACUCCUAUCUGCCCCCAUUGCGGAACGCUCUUACUUUCUACGUCCCAGAUCGGCGAAGAUCAACUACUCUGCAUUUUACGAAAUGAAGGAGGUGUUCAGGAAGGACUUGACAUCCUUCCCUUGCUCACCGAGGAGGCGUACCUGAACACACACCCAGGUGAGCGUAAAGGCCGCGCAUUCCUGGAAUUUUGCCGCGAAGGAGAUAUUGAAGCAAUUGUCGACCUGCUCGGCGAUAUCGAGGAAGACAAUGACGGUGAAGAAAUACAGCAAGGCGCGGAGGAAUCAGGGGCUCCCAUUGAUGUCUUAAGAUACCAAGACCCUAUUGGAGGGUUUAAUUCUGCACUGCACGUUGCCGUGCUGAGCGAAAAAGUCGAGGUGGCGUGGCUUCUGUUACUAGUCGCUUCCAAUUUAGAACCUCAGAUUUUCCCUAAUCAGGUCCUCCAGGCUGCGGAGCAAUUCGGCCUAUUCAGAGAAGAUCAAUCAGGGAAACUAGAUAUACGUGCUCUGCGCGAUGCGGAGGAUCGAACCGCCGAAGAGGUUGCAGCCAGUGUGGGAGGUGUCUGGAGGGACUGGCUUGGCACCGGAAGACUUGCUCUCUAA